AUGCAAACGUUGGAACGCCCGAAGAGUAAUUUAAGGGACAGCCGGCAUUACGAGUGUGUAUGGACAAGUCUGAGGGAAAGACUAAUGGCGACGAGAAAUAAAAAACAAGGAGAAGGAAAAGGUUGUGAACGAUGGCGACAGCUGGGAGUUAAUGCCUACGUGGGUUGGCGAACAGGCCUAUUAGCAUGCUUGAGAGAUAGCUUAGAAGGAAAUGAAGUGAAUAAACCUCGUACAUCUCUAUUACUUGCUAUCGUUGCACGAUUACCGCUUAAUCCACACUGUGGGUUAGAAGGACACAGUAAACAAAUAGCCGCGAAGCUGGCUGGUUACUUAGGGAAUUUUCCAUUGUCUUGUCUCUCCGCUGAAAUAUCUUUUUCUGACGCACAGCUCUUAUCAGAUUUGCAAUGUGAACGUUGUGAUGAAGAAGAAAAUAUUAAUGAAAAUGAGCAGGGUGGUCGCAAAUUCUGUAAAAGAAAGCGACGAAAUAUUAUGGUUAUCUGGGAUAACAUUUUUCAUCUCGAUCGGGACGGUUUUGCUGUAGAGCAGGAAUCGGCAGUAACCCUUGAAGAGCCUCCGACGGUCUCUUAUAUACUAGAAGAUGCGACUCUGGAAAUCAUGUAUUACAAACUUGUCGGUCAUUCACCUGAUAUAAAGUCCGAAUUCGAAAUUUUUGCACAUUCACUAUCAAUAUUUGCUCGAUUGGUUGAAGAUAGCAGUGUUUACGGAUUCGUUGUAAAACAACUUUUGUCUCAUGAUUUUCCAAUUAUUGGAAAAAAUGAGCAAACCGUUACUGCUUGGAAAGUGAUGUUAUCUUUACUUCUGAGAGGUUCGAUAAAUUUUUUAUAUGAUGGAUUUGAUGUCUCAGGUUUUCCAUUUCAAAGCGUUCUGCUCGAAAAUAUUAUUUGCUGUGCAACAGAGAUGGCCAAUAGCUUAAAUGCCUGUAUACAUUCCUAUAGUGUGAAUUUUGAGCUGUAUGCUGCUAACCGAAAGAAACAGUUCCUUGCAUUAGUGCGAGAAUUAGUUAUUUUCAUUGAAUAUCUCCCUUCUUCGUUUGCUGUCGACAUUAUCAGCCAUUUAUCCGAUUGUAUUGUACAGUAUUCAAAGCGAACUGCUUUGCUGAAGAAAUCGUUGCUGAAGUCAUGUGACUUUAAGGUUCUAGUUGUACUCUCAGGAAUUCUCAAUUGCGCUCUCUCUCUAUCCGAUGAAUAUUAUUCCAUCCUAGACAUUACAUCACUUCUUACAACAUUCCUUUCAGCUCAUUUAUUGGAUAAUUUUAUUGACCGAUGUGCAGAAAUUAUUGCAAAGCAGCAGCAUAAUUUUGACAAACAAACUAUUAUGGCAGUAUCGAGUGCAUUCUUGAUGUCAUUACAGAAUCGGAUUGGUAAUUUUAAAGGAGCGAAGUUGAUUCACCUUUUGCAAACGCUAUCGUUAAUUUGUCCAUUUUUGCUGGUGCAAGAUAUGGAAAUUAUUUGUGUGGCAAUUUUGAAUCGUUUGAAAAUUGAGUUAGCACUUUCUGAACAGUGGAAUAUUGGUACUAGCCUGGACGGUAUUUCAGUGCAGUGUGAUGCGAUGGCUGAUUUUCUUGCUGAACACUUAGUCGGACAAAAAGCUAUUGAAUUUGCUAUUAGUGAUGUGGUUUUACCGUUUAUGACUCUUCUCGAAACAUCUACUGCAUCGUUCAGCCUUGUAUAUAUUAUCUGUAAACGUUGUAUUACUGCCGGAAGCGAACUGAUCUGUUCCAAAAGUGUGGAAGAUUUAGCGAAAUCAAUAAUCGAUCGAUUUGCUCAGGAAUUUACUUGUGCCAGUGUGGAUAUCUGGACUUUAAUUGGUGUUACUGAUUUUGCUAUUCCGUUACUUCAUGUUGCUGAUCUUCUGCUGCUGCUGUUAUCUUAUUGCACUAGAAAAGCUUUGUCGUCUGAAUUUUUGAAAUAUGCUGAACAGUAUGGCUUAACAUUUCUUAAUAUUGCCAUGGACUGGAUGCUAGCACCCAGUGAGGAUCAUUCACACGCGCUUCGCAUAAGUCAACUUUUUAGUGUAUCAUUGCGGAUUGUCCUUGCAACAGAUGCAGCUAAGGAAAAUGUGCUGGAAUGGGUACAGUUCAAAUUGCUGAAUAAUGAGUUGUUCAUUUCAAACAUAUGUUUAUUAGAGUGCUUUGUACGGACACUGCUUCUUACGACCUAUUCAUCUAUUCAGAAUGAACGCUUUCGAGAAUCAUCGUUUGUUGAUGAAGUAGUUAAAAGUGCUGAUAAAUUUUGUUCACAAUUAUUUAUUGUUUCAAUAGUAUUGCUUCAAAAACAUCUACAAGUUAAGCAUAGUAUUUUAUCCAAUAAUGAGUAUUAUAUUCGCAAAAUAUGUCGUAUACUUCAAUAUGCAAUGUUAAAUAUUCAAUUUGGCAAAAGCGAAAAAUGCAUUCUUCGUAGCAAGUUAAAUCGUCUCAUUUUGGAUUUGUUGCAAAGGCUAGCUGAAAUAUCAGUGUCUUCGAAUUGCUUUCGGAUUUUCCUCAUGUUUUAUUUUGAUUUGGCUUCCACAAAUCUUACACCAUCAAAUAUACGAACUGUGUUUGCAAUUGUAAAGAGUGCUCGUUAUUUGCAGGUAACCUUAAUGGAAGCUUUGUUAGAAUUAUUGUUGAAUAAAAAAGUUGAACCAAAGGACAUCUAUGUUUUUCCACAAAAAAUCCAUGCUCAUAUCAGAUUUGACUGCAGUAGAAUGGCGCGAAAUAAUUUUCCAUUUGAUGGAAAUGAUUGGACAGGAAAAUCAGCACCACAGAAUGCUUCAUUUUGUGAAGACCGUAUUGAGGAGAUGCACAAUGCCCAAUUACUUUCUGGAUCUGUAAAAAAUUUACCAAUCAGUAAAUAUGAAGGAAGUUCGUUCGAUCGAUGUUGUGCUGCAAAACUUGUCCUUGACGAGUCAUUAUAUUUAACUGAUGGACUAACUGUUUCGUUUUGGUUGCUGCCACAAGAAUGCCAUGAAAGGGUAAUUGUUGAUGCUUCCGAGGAGAUUUAUCCAAUUUGUUCAAUAGGUGUUAAUAAUCUGAGCUUUCUGCUUCAAAUAUCAUCCGAUGGCCGCUCUUUAUAUAUGAGAAUUACCACUAAUAAUACACUUAUAAUCCUUAGUAUUAUUCUUAAUGGUGAAAUAAGACGCAGCAGACGUCCUCGAUCAAUGUUAAUAAAUGAUGCUUGGAACCACAUUGUAGUAUCAAUGGUUGUCGUUGAUUCGAUGUAUUCAGUGCAUGUUUGGAUUAAUUCGCAACGUUUCAUCAUGCAUAUGAAACAUGAAUAUACAAAAUCUUUAGAAAAGUUAUCAUUUGUAUUCGGUUUCGGCGCAUUGAGAAAUAAUUCAAUUUUUUCGAAGACAGUUUAUGAACUGUCAUCAAUUAUUUCACUUCGAGGGUCUUUGAAAGCUCCUCAAGUGUUUAUCUUGCGCGCUCUUGGCUGUGAUUGUAUUUCUUUAGCAGCAUGUAAUAUCAGUUCUCUGAUACUAAGACUGAUGUCAUUGUUAUCUUCUGAAAGUGUUUGUUUCCAACAAAACGAAAUUCUUGAGCUUUUUGCUGAUGUUAAAACUGCAUAUGCUCGCCUUCAGCAGGAUUUUCUUUUUAUUAUAAGAGACUGGACGGCAUAUUUACAACGAAAAUCCUAUCCUCCAAACAGUCAGAAAAAAGUGCAGCUCGGUCACUUACUUCCCCCUGAAAGACAUCUGUUAAAGUGGAAUUGUCCAGUGGCGAAGCGGUUGGAGAAAACGUCUAUCGAUGAUUGCUGGCUACCGCUUGGUUCACAAAAUCUUUUCCUUUUUAUGUUUGCAGAGGCUAUCGACCUAAAACACAGCGCAUAUGAACAAGCAGUUGCCUUUCGCCUAUUAUUCCAAUUCCUACGACGAGUUAGUCCUUUCGCAGGCGAAUAUACCCUUUCAAACGUGUAUAACUGCAUAAUACGAUGUCUAUCAUCGUCACUUACUCAUCUCGACACUCAAAUGCUUAAGGAGCUUCGAAAUGUGUGUAUUUCACUACCAUCAAGCAUAAAGUGUUCGAAUGCAAGAUCGAAAGAAUGGUUCAUUGUUGAUCCAGAGCUUGUGGUACUUUUGGUUUGCUCCCCUUUGAUAUGGAAAGGCCGGGAAAGGAUGCUGCAGUGGCGCAUUAUAUUAGAAGAUAUUGCGCAUUGCAUUUCAGAAGAAACAGCAGAAUAUUUUGUAUUCAGCAAGGAGCAGUUGAAGCGAGUCAAUUUUAUUAAAAAAAUUUUUCAGACCAUUUUGGAAAUGCUUCAAGAUGAUGAAAAUUACCGAAUUGAGUUGCAAGAUGUUGCACCAUUAAUUGAUACGCUGUUAACGAUUAUUCGUAAAUUGCUAAGUUCAAUAGCAGUAUCCGAAGGGAUAAUCCAUCUGUGGGAUUUCAUAUUUCUUUCUCAUACAGCUGCUGACACAUAUAUCACCUAUGAUUGUACCGACCAUUUUCAUUGGUUACAGCAAGAAUUGUUGCAAGAGGAAAGUAAAUUCGAUUUACUAGAGGAUACCGAUUUAGUGCGUCGUUUGAAAGAUUAUGUCAACAUUCUUGGAAAAAGUCGCAUUGUCGAAAAUUGGACUAAAGAACGUUCGAUAAUAAAAUUGCGGCAGAUGUAUGAAGCAGCUUGUUUAGUCGAUGAUCCUAGCGCUGAACACUCUGCUGAUUCCGAACGACUCAGCGCUGCUUAUAAGAAAGAUGCAUUGGAUUUAGUUUGCGAUUUGCAAAGAGCAAAAACCGAAUCAGCUAAAAGCAAUGACGAAGAAUUACCUAAUGCGAAAGAGGAAACCUUAGUGAAUUGGUUUUGUGAUUUUCGUUGUAGAUGUUUGGAACAGUUAGCACUAAUUGUUCAAAAUACUCCCGAUGUAUCAUUUAAUGAAGUUGUAAACAUGAAGAUGUCAUGGCAAGCUGUAAUAACUCUGUUGACAAAUCAAUCUGAUGAGCGCUUUCGAGAUCAUGUGUUCAGUUUACUGAAACAAAUUUUGCUUCGAGAUUCAGAAAUUCGAUCUAAUUUCAUAAAAAACAAUGGGUUUGAGUUACUAGCCAGCCAAAUGAAAGAUUACCCUGCAACAGAUGAAAUAGCCUCAUCACUGUUCUCCUUGCUUUUUGAAGAAGCAAUUCGUUUCAGCGACGAGUUGAGUUUAGAUCAUAUAUCGUCUUUAAAAGUAAAUGAAUUCAAAUGUCUAUCACUAAAGGCAAUAUUUGUUUUAUGGGAAGAAAGCGUUCGCCAUUCGAGCUUACAUAUAUAUUGGAAUAUUUCAUCUGUGCUGAUAACGUUAUUCAGUGAAAACGAAGUGCUGAUGCAAGCAAUGAUGGAUGUUGGUUUAUGCACUACUGUUGUUUCCAUUCUAAGAAGAAUUGCUUCGCUUCCUCCUGUCAUGUGUCAGAAGAUGCAGUGGCUACUGGAAAUGGUAGUUCUGAACACAGACACGCAUUCCGAGAAAAUCACUCGUCAAGGUCUUACAUGUGUUUAUGGAUUAUGGUUAACAGUGUUACAGGAACUUUACCUAAAUAAUGAUAAAUCAGAUUGGGAUUCAAUGAAUAUCCUGUUAGCUGCUAUUGAAGAAAGUGAUGGUGAUAUGGCAGAUAGUGAGACAUGGAGUGAUACUUCGUUUGUCAGUAAUUUUCUCUCUGAAACUCUUUCCGCAAUACUUGGAAGGGUUGCCGAUUUUCGAGAUUGCAGGAAAUAUUUAUACAAAAAUAGCUAUAGCAAGCGCCUGCCCUCAACAGAUGAAUGCGCGGAGCGCCUGAUAUACUGUAUCACCCAAAUUUUACAGUUUUUUGUCAGCAUGCCAAUGAAAUCACUUGAAACUGUUACAAAUCAAGAAGAGAAAUUAUUUGAAAUAUUCCUGUCAUUUCUGUCUCUAGAUGAAACACGAGCAAUAACUACUGAGUAUCAUAACAGAAAACAGCGUUUGAUUAACAUCUGUCGCGAGCGCACUAUACAUUUAUUUGGUCCACUUAUUGCUUUUGUACUUUUUCCGGCAUCAGCAAAAGCUCAAAAAUUAAAUUCGAUCACAUCAGAUGCAGGAAGAAAUGAAAACAAGUGGGAGAUGAAAAAACGUUUAAUGAUUGUGAAGACAUUAAUAUCGAACAGAAAUCACCUAAAAUUUCUUCGUGAUGCUGAUUUAGAAUACCAGUGCGCCUUAAAUUUGUCAUUGCAUGAAUUGGCAUUAUUGGAUACUAUCAAGGAUCCGGACAUUCAAAAAGAUAUUGAAAAUUUAAUUAAAUUUUUGAGAGAAUUACAAAUUGAAUCUCCUUUGACGACUUUAGAUGACGUGUUGGAACGAAUUAAGAAAAUGGACUACUCUAAAUUAGAUCUAGAGGUUUUUAUGUAUGCAGUAGAUGGGUUUAUAUCUAUGAUUAUGAAUGAAUCAUUGGCUGUUUAUGGCUAUCUGGAAUAUCGUAACAAAUUUUUAGCGAAAUUGCAACAGCAAGCAACCUGUUAUAUUGUUGAGGAAAAACAACGAACAAGAAUUCGAAGCGAGGUAGCGAUGCAAAUGACAUGUCGAGUUGUAGAAGAUCAAAAUUUAUUACGAAAAGAUUUCAUGGAAACCUGUCGAGAAUCAGAACUAAGAAAUAUGGCUGCUGAUCUAUUUUUAGACGGUUUAUUGACGGAGCUUUGUCAUCCAGAAGGUCUUUGUCAUGAUUCGGAAUCGUGGCCGUCAAGUUGGGCACUUGAUCCUACAGAAGGACCAAACAGAGAACGUCGUAGAUUGAUAUCUUCACAUUUGUCGUUUGACAUCAAAUUUUUACGUCCACAAUCGCAAAAUAAAAUCAAAAAACGAGAAAAAUCUCCUCCUCUAUUUCAUUUAUUGGGCGAUAUAAGAAGAAACAUGAAUGAACUGAGCUUGGAAAAUGGUUUAGCACCUGGUGAACGCAUUAUUUUAUCACUACCGGCCGUGGUUGUCAGAUCGACAGUUGAAAGUAGUGGUGAAAUCCUUGCUGGUGACAAAAAAUUUUACUUUCACAGUGAUUAUACAAGAUCUAUUCAGAAGAGGUUAAGUCGUACCAACACACUGUUUAUUCGAUGGCGCUACGAUGAUCUAAUCGAAAUUUACAAACGUCAUCAUCUUUUGAAAGAUACUGCUUUGGAAAUUUUUUUAUCAGACGGCCAAACUUAUCUGAUUGUUUUCGAAGAACAAGCGAAACGCGAUCAGUUUGGUUGGCAAAUACUUUCAUCCAAUUUUUGCAAAUUAUCCGACUUUUCGAACGUAUCUGUACAGUCAGCUGCACAAUUGUGGCGAGAAGGCACGAUCACAAAUUUUGAAUACUUGAUGCAAUUAAAUAAAUUGGCUGGUCGUUCGUAUAAUGAUCUCAUGCAGUAUCCAGUGUUUCCAUUUGUUUUGUCUGAUUAUAAAUCCAGUACAUUGGAUCUCACUAAUCCAACGUCAUUUAGGGAUUUAAGCCGUCCAAUGGCAAUUCAGGAUAAGCGAUUAGAGGAACACUAUCUCCGAAAAUACAGUUACCUGGCUCGCGAAGAAGUUCAAGCAGUGUCUGGUUGUGGUUCACCAUCCAUACUUGGACCUUAUCAUUAUGGAAGUCAUUACUCAAAUAUCGGCAUUGUUGCACAUUAUCUUGUUAGAUUACCACCAUUUACCGACAUUGCACUUGAAUAUCAAGACAACAAUUUCGACAUUGCUGAUCGGUUGUUCAAUUCAGUUGAAACUAUAUGGCGUUUGGCAAGCUGUGAUUCGACUACUGAUUUCAAGGAACUUAUCCCUGAAUUCUUUUAUUUGCCCGAUUUCUUGAUAAAUAAAGAAAAGCUGAACUUGGGAGUACGCCAGAAUGGCGAUAUUGUGGACGAUGUUAUUCUACCGACUUGGUGCCAAGGAUCAGCACGUUUAUUUGUGCUUAUUCAUCGACAAGCACUUGAAUCUUCGAUUGUUUCUUCAACGCUGAAUUACUGGAUUGAUCUGAUUUUUGGCUAUAAGCAAACAGGAAAGGCUGCGAUCGAUGCAAUAAAUGUGUUUCAUCCCGCGACGUACAGAGUAAAUACGAUGAGUGAUAUAAACGAGGAACCCGACGAACUAUCCAAUUCUGCCCUACAAGCUAUGAUACAAACUUACGGUCAAAUGCCAUUGCAGCUUUUUCAUUCACCUCAUCUUCCACUUUUAUGUGGGAAAAUACAUCAAAAUAUUUCCAACAUUUCUUUGAGCCCACUUGACACGGUCAAAGGGAUAAGAUGGGGUGAAUUUAUCGGGAGUCCGGAUACCGAAUAUGGAAAGUUAACAGUCGUUCUGAAUCAGAAACUACAGUGUAGUAAUAAUCGCAUUAGUCGCCUUGUUGCAUUCUCAGAAGGAACUUGUUUUGCAUUUCCAAGCAGUACAUGUUUUAUUUAUAAGUAUGGGGAAGCAGUUCGACCGCGAGACCUCUGUAGUUAUGGAUUAGUAACAUGGCGGCACAAUGAUGGAAUACUUCGAUUGUGUCUUCACGAACCGAAGCAGUGGUGGGAUUUGGCCAGUUAUCAUACCUAUAAUGUGGUAGCAGCUGCUUACUGUGUUUCAUUUGAUUUACUCUUCGUGGGACUUUCAUGUGGUAUUAUACUCACUUAUCGUAUAUUAUUAAACAAAUUUGGUGUGGAAGAUUUUGUACUUCUCAAAACGUUAUUUGCUCAUGAUGCUGCAGUACGUGCAUUAGCAGUUCGCGGUGAUUUUGCUGUUGCUGCCAGUGGUUGUGAUAUGGGUAAAAUUUGCAUAUGGGAUCUAAAUCGGUUAUCAUAUAUUCGAACUCUUAUUCCGAAUAAUGGAAAAGAAGUGCAGCUAAUUUAUAUUAGUCGGACCAGUUGUGACGUGGCUAUCGUGGCAAAUUCUGGAUACGGGAGCACUGUAACGUUGCAAACUAUUAACGGAUUAAAAAUCGGUAGCAUCGAUACCAAUAUCGCUGUUACUGCAAUUACUAUGACAUCACUUCCGGAAGGAACCGCCGUAAAUUGCAUUUUUUUAGGAAUGCAAAAUGGAGUAAUUAAAAUAUUUGAUACGUGGACGAUGAGAUUUGUGCGUGAUAUCAUUGAUUAUCGAUUUCUUGAACCGAUUGUCAGUAUUAGUUUUUCAAAUCGAUGUACGAGGUUGUUUGUCAAUUUCGUAUCUGGCCGAGUGUUGUGCUGGCAAGGAGAAAAUCUGCAGACAAAACGACCACCGUUACUGAGGAUUAUUAACGACAUAUAA